AUGGGGGGUAAAAAUUCCAGAGUGAGUAAAAAGACCCAGAAUAGUUCUAAGAAACUGGAGGUCAGUGUGAAUAAUCAGUAUUCACCAACUGUGGCUUCAGAGGCCGAUUGCAAACUGAGGGAGCAGCCGGAAAACCGCAGCCUGGAGAAAAAGACACCGGACUUUAUGAAAGUCUGCGAGCGUCUGUUUCAAGACGGAGAGGUUUUGAGGGAACGGAUGCAUGCAGCGAUUAGGGAAAACCAAGAGCGCAUCUCUAACCUUAAAGAGAUUAAGGCGAAAGCAGAGAAGGACGAGACCAGCAGCGACGAAGCAGCGGAUCAGGAAGAGGAGACCUCACCGACCAAAAGUAAUGUAGAGAGGAACUGCGCGCUGGAAGCUGAGGACCUGGAGCAGGACCAGGAGCAGGACCAGGAGCAGGACCAAGAGCAGGACCAAGAGCAGGACCUGGAGCAGGACCAAGAGCAGGACCUGGAGCAGGACCAGGAGCAGAACCAGGAGCAGAACCAGGAGCAGGACCAGGAGCAUCACCAGGAGCAGGACCAGGAGCAGGACCAGGAGCAGGACCAGGAGCAGGACCAGGAGCAGGACCAGGAGCAGGACAUGGACUCCAAGAUCCUCUACUUCUCUGUGAACGGACGCCCAGAGCAGGCAGAGUUCCCUGUGGACUGUGCACCUCAGGACCUCAAAGAUCUGUUCCGUUGUGCGGCUGAGGCCGGACCUCACGACAUUUUAAAACUCUACAACCCCAAAGGAAACAUCAUCAACAUCUCUCCCAGUCUGGAGCCCAACACUCCCAGCUCCUGCUACAAGCUGGAAGUGGUGGCAGCCGACUACAACAACGAGCCCUUGGGAGCGGAGCUGGCAGAGGUGAUGGGCUUUGACCUUUCGUCCAUGGAAAAAAGGUUGCAGGGCCUGGAGAAGAGGAUCCUCACAGAAGGAGGGGAGACUCCAGCUGUGGUUUAUGAGAUGAAGAAACAAGUGGAUUCCUUUAGAGAAAAAUUAGAGAGCGUGGAGCACCUGAGCUGGCUGGGACUGUUCAAGGAUCUGUCUGAAGGAACACACAAGCCGUCUCCUUUCUACCACAAACGAGCCCUGAGGAAAACCCGAGAGGAGUGUGACCAUGUGCGCGACAAGUUCAUCCAGAUGAGCUCCUUGGAGGUGUCAGAAGAGGUCAGGCAGUAUCUAAAGACCCCAACGUUUGACAACUGGCAGUGGGAGGACGCAGAGAUCAUGGUGCUUCUCCAGCUCAUGUACACAGACCUGGACUUCAUCACCACCUUCAACAUCGAGCCCGAGGUCCUGCGGGAGUUUCUGUUCGAGGUGUACCGCCGAUACAACCACAUCCCCUUCCACAACUUCAAACACUGCUUCUGCGUGACCCAGAUGAUGUACGGCCUGAUUUGGCUGACGGACCUGAGGAGUCGGAUGGACAGUGUGGACCUGCUCAUCAUGCUGACCUCGGCAGUCUGCCACGAUCUGGACCACACCGGCUACAACAACGCCUACCAGAUAAAUGCGCGGACAGAGCUCGCACUUCGGUACAAUGACAUCUCUCCUCUGGAAAACCAUCACUGCGCCGUGGCCUUCGAGAUCUUGGAAAAGACAGAAUGCAACAUCUUCAGAAAUGUGCCUUCGGAGCAGUACAAGCGGAUCAGAGAGGGCAUCAUCAAAUGCAUCCUGGCCACAGAUAUGUCCAGACACAAUGAAAUCCUCGUCAAGUUCAAGUCUCUGCUUCCCACGUUCGACUUCAGCAGCAAAGAUCAUCGAGAUGUGUUAAUGAUGAUCCUGAUCAAAGUGAGCGACAUUUCCAACGAGGCUCGUCCCAUGGAGGUCGCUGAGCCCUGGCUGGACUGUCUGCUGCAAGAAUUCUACAACCAGAGCGAUGUGGAGAAGCUGGAGGGGCUGCCGGUCACUCCCUUCAUGGACCGGGACAAAGUGACCAAGCCCUCGUCCCAAACCGGCUUCAUCCGGUUUGUGCUGCUGCCGCUGUUCAUGGAGCUGGCCAACCUCUUCCCAUGUCUAGAGCUCCACAUCAUAGACCCGGUACGGAAGGCCCUGGGCUACUACACAGAGAUGGAGAAGGCUCUAGAGCGCGCCAAGAGCUGCUCCUCCUCAGCUGACCCCCAGGGGGCUCCGGAGGCCCCCAAAGCAGACUGCAAGUGA